AUGGACUUGUUUGCUACUGUAUCACGUCUUCCAUUUUCUGUAUUAGGUCCACAUCGUAGUGAUACAUGUACUGUUGAUCGUUUAAAUUAUAAAUAUACAGUUAUUCUAUUAGUUAUAUUUUCAAUUGUUGUUUCAAAUAAACAAUUUUCAUCUGAUCAUAUAGCUUGUUGGGUUCCAGGACAUUUUACUCGAAGCUACGAAGUUUAUUCAAAUAAUAUUUGUUGGGUGUCAAAUACUUACUACGUACAAGAAACAGAAACAUUACCAUUGGAUGAAACAAAGAAAAAAGAACGAGUUGUUAAGUAUUAUCAGUGGACACCAUUUAUUUUAUUAUUUCAAGCUGUUUUAUUUUAUUUACCACGAAUGAUGUGGCGUUCAUUAAGUGCCAAAUCAGGUAUUAAUAUUGUUAAUUUAGUUGAUGCUGCUUUAAAUUAUCAAACGGCUGAUCGUUUUGAAGAUCGUCAAAAAAUCAUGUCUUAUUUGACUAAAAGUAUUGAUCAAUAUGUUUAUAUGAGAAAACGUAAACGUAAACGAUUUGAUUUUAUUCGACGUUUAAUUGCUUUUAUUCUUUGUGUACCUGGUCGUAAAAUGGGCUCAUAUUUACUUAUAUUAUUUUUUGUUACAAAAAUUUUAUUUAUUGCUAAUGCAAUUGGACAAUUAUUUCUAUUGAAUAUAUUCUUAGGACAUAAUUUUGCAUCUUAUGGUGUUGAAUUAAUAAAAAAAAUUUUAAGUGGAGAAGAUUUAACUGAAUCAGUCUAUUUUCCAAGAGUAACAAUGUGUGAAUUUGCAGUAAGAAAUAUACAAAAUGUUCACGUACAUACUGUUCAAUGUGUAUUACCUAUUAAUUUAUUUAAUGAAAAAGCAUUUUUAUUUAUAUGGUUUUGGUUAGCAUUUUUGACUAUAUGUAAUUCAUAUGAUUUAUUAGCGUGGUUUGUUCGUUCAUUCGGUCGUGUACGAUAUCAAUAUAUUAAAAAACGUUUAGAAUUAAUGCAAAGUGACACACAUUUAAGACGAUUACCAGCUAAAGAAUUUAUUUAUCGUUAUUUACAACAUGAUGGUGUAUUAAUAUUAAGACUUCUUGCAUAUAAUUCCAGUGAUCUUGUUGUGACAGAAGUUAUACAAAAUUUAUGGAGGUUUUAUAAACAAUAUCCUACAGGUGGACAAGGUGGUGGUGGACCGGGAAGUGCAUCAUCGGCCGCAUCGAGUGCUGCUCAAUCAUCAAGAGGAAGACAGAAAACUACGAUGAUGGAUGGCAACAAUUCAUUGUUUGGUCUCAAUCCAACAUCAUCACAGCAACCACUCUAUUAUUUUUCACAUCAUCAAAAUGAAGAUCAUGGACGUUCCUAG